AAGUUUAUCUUCUCAACCGAAAGGGAGCAAGAAAGUAGGCGUGAUAAAAAUGACAUACAAAGGACUUGACGGCAUCACCUCCGUCGACAUCGCCCGCCUGGGAAUACCUUCAACAUUAGCAGAUGAACUUUACCAGAAGCUUACAGAAAUCAUCAAGAAUUACGGGUCCGCUUCGCAGGAGACAUGGCAGCGACUAUCCACAGACGUUCUCUCUCCAGACCUCCCUUUCUCUUUCCAUCAGAUGAUGUUCUAUGGCUGCUACAAGGAUUUCGGACCAGACCCUCCAGCUUGGAUACCCAAUCAGGAAAAUUCACGCUUGACCAAUGUUGGUGAGCUUCUAAACAAGUGUGGAAAAGAUUUAUUGGGUUCAAUAUACAAAGACCCAAUUUCAAGUUUUUCUGAUUUUCAAGAAUUCUCAAUCAAGCAACCAGAGAUUUAUUGGAAGACCAUAUUGGAUGAGAUGAAUGUACAGUUUGCAGUUCCUCCUUACUGUAUUUUACAAGAGAGUCCAUCUCAGCCAGGUGGUGUUUGGCUUCCUGGAUCGCGUCUUAAUCCAGCCAAAAAUUGCUUGAAUCUUAAUAGUAAGAGGGAUUUGGAUAGUAUUAUGAUAGUAUGGAGAAAUGAAGGAGAUGAUGAAACUCCAAUUCAGAAGAUGACUCUCAAGGAACUGCAAUUAGAGGUUUGGUUGGUUGCAUAUGCAUUGAACAAUCUAGGGUUGGAUAAAGGAUCUGCAAUUGCAAUAGAUAUGCCUAUGGAUGUUAAGUCAGUGAUUAUCUAUCUAGCAAUUGUUCUUGCUGGCUAUGUGGUUGUAUCUAUUGCUGAUAGCUUUGCUUCUAGUGAAAUCUCGACAAGGCUCAGGAUUUCACAAGCGAAAGCAAUUUUUACUCAGGACUUUAUCGUUCGCGGUGACAAAAAACUACCCUUGUACAGUAGAGUAAUUGAAGCGGAUGCUCCAAUAGCAAUUGUUAUUCCCACAAGGGAUUCUAGCUUGAGCAUUACAUUAAGAGAAGGUGACAUUUAUUGGCAUUCAUUUCUAGACGGGGCAAGAGACUUCAGAGGAACUGAAUUUUCUGCUGUAGAGCAACCUAUUGAUGCAUUUACAAAUAUCCUUUUCUCCUCCGGAACUACAGGUGAGCCAAAAGCAAUUCCUUGGACAGUUUCAACACCUUUCAAAGCAGCUGCAGAUGGGUGGGCACAUUUGGACAUUCGAAAAGGUGAUAUUGUUUCUUGGCCCACUAAUCUUGGCUGGAUGAUGGGCCCUUGGCUAGUCUAUGCAUCGCUAUUGAACGGUGCAUCUGUUGCUUUAUACAAUGGGUCUCCUCUUGGUUCUGGGUUUGCAAAAUUUGUUCAGGAUGCUAAAGUAACCAUGCUUGGUGUGAUUCCCAGCAUUGUGAGGACAUGGAAAACUACAAACUCUGCAGCCGGUUAUGACUGGUCGUCGAUUCGUUGCUUUGGAUCCACGGGUGAGGCAUCUAAUGUGGAUGAAUAUCUGUGGCUAAUGGGUCGGGCACGAUACAAGCCCAUUAUUGAAUAUUGUGGCGGUACAGAAAUUGGCGGUGGAUUUAUUACCGGAUCAUUAUUGCAGCCUCAAUCUCUGGCAGCGUUUAGCACGCCAGCUAUGGGAUGCAAUGUGUUCAUACUUGGAAUUGACGGGAUGCCUAUUCAACCAAAUGUCCCUGGAAUGGUGGGUGAAUUGGCUCUUGGCCCUCAAAUGUUUGGAUCUUCAAGUACCUUAUUGAAUGCUGAUCAUUACGAUGUGUACUUCAAAGGAAUGCCCGUUUGGAAUGGGAAAAUAUUGAGAAGACAUGGUGAUAUGAUUGAGCGGACAACUAGAGGAUAUUAUCAUGCACAUGGGCGAGCCGACGACACAAUGAAUCUCGGGGGUAUUAAGGUGAGCUCUGUUGAGAUUGAACGCAUAUGUAACGGUGUUGAGAGUAAUAUAUUAGAGACGGCUGCGGUUGGGGUUCCAGCUCUUGGAGGUGGACCGGAGAAAUUGGUAAUUGCUGUUGUUUUCAAGGAUUCCGAUCAUGAGCCAGAUUUGAAUAGCUUGAGAGUGUCUUUCAAUUCUGCAUUGCAGACUAAAUUAAAUCCUUUGUUCAAGGUGGCUAACAUUGUGCCAGUGCCGUUGCUUCCUAGAACCGCGACUAAUAAGGUUAUGAGAAGAGUUUUGAGGCAGCAAUUGGCUCAAGCGGAUUCCAGUUCUAAAAUGUAAUGAAUAAAUAAAGCAUAAAACUUUAUUCAAUCCAUGCAUUAAAAUGAUUAAUAAAUAAACCUUGUCUUAUAUUUUAGCAUAUAUGGAAAGUUUAAAUACUAUGAUGUUCCUGUUUUUAUAGUUUUAUUAUUGCAUGGAUUUGAGACUAUUUGGAAAAUAAAAUAAAGAAA